UCUACGGUGACAAAAUGGUGUCAUUAAUCUGCACGCUCCAGGACCAUCGAGAUGAAGUAUAUUGGUGCGCGUUCUCCCCCACACUACUGGCGACUUGCUCCGGGGAUAAGACCAUACGCAUCUAUAAUACCAAUGACUUCUCGGAGUUGCCGUUUUCGCCUCUGUCAGGCCAUCGCUAUGGAGUUCACUGCUGCAGUUUCAGUGUAUGUGGCACCUACCUGUUCACCUGUUCCACAGACGCUUUAACUAUCAUUUGGAGUAUGGCAACAGGUGAGGUAACGACAAAAUUUGAACAUCCUGGAGGAAGCCCAGUCAGGGUGUGCUCACUGUCUCCCGACUCCUCUCUCCUGCUGUCAGGGGCAUCAGAUGGAACCUUGGCCCUUUGGGAUUUACAUACUAAGAAAUUACGCAAAUCUAAGGCCGUGACAGAGGCCACGGUGAUGGCGUGCUGCUUCGCUCCGUGUGGUCAGAUGUUUGUGACCGGAUGUACAUCUGGAGAUAUCAAAGUGUGGGAUCUGGACACGAAGCAGCUCUAUGCAGAGAGGGAUGCCCAUGAUAUGGGGGUGACCUGCUGCCAUUUUGCACCCCAGUUUGACAUUGAUUUCAGUUCGGUGGAGUUUCGAUUGGCCUCCUGUGGACAGGACAGUCAACUGAAGGUAUGGAUCGUAUCUCAGCAUGGUGCAGCAGCCUGUGAGAUGAAGCUGCUCCACACUCUGACUGGCCAGUCGGCCCCUGUGCUCUCCUGUGCCUUCUCUUCUGAUGGUGAGCUGCUUGUCUCAGGCUCAGUGGAUAAAACAGUGACCGUGUACAAUGCGAGCGAUGGAGUCCUUCUUCACACUUUGAAACGGCAUGAGAGCUUUGUGACAGCCUGUGCCUUCUCUCCAACCCUGCCCUGGAUGGCUACAGGCUCCAUGGACAAGAAGGUCAACGUGUGGAGGAUAGCAGAUAGAGAUAGCGGGCAGGCUCAAUCCAGGAACCCCUCAUGCCAAGGUAAGAACACACAGGAAAAUGUCUUAUCAUUCGUUCCAGUGCAUGAUGGGACGUAUUGCAGGAGAUGGGCGGGGGUGAAGGACUCGAGGAGGGGGCAUGUGGAAAGGCCCUUCCUCCCUUCCUGUGUUUGUGUGUGUCCCACAGGGGCAGGAAGGAAGCUGUCAGGUCACUCCAGGCUGCUGGUGAGCGACUGGUCCGAGGAGGAUGUGUUGGCCUGGCUGAGUGAGGAGGGUCUGGAGGAGCUGGUCACCACCUUCACAACCAACAACAUAGACGGCCCUGAGCUGCUCUGUCUGACCAAGGAGACCCUGGCCUCAGAGCUGAGCGUUGAGUCGGUGGGUCUCCGUGGUAAAGUCCUGAGGAAGGUGGAAGCUCUGAAGGCAGAGUUGACCGGACUAGACGCCCCAGAUGAGUUCCUCUGUCCAAUCACCAGAGAGGUGAUGAAGGACCCUGUCAUUGCUGCAGAUGGAUAUUCCUAUGAGAGAGAGGCCAUUGAGAGUUGGAUCAGCGCUAAGAACCGCUCCAGUCCCAUGACCAACUUACCUUUACCAACCACUCUGGUCAUGCCCAACAGAAGCCUGAAGACCGCUAUUGGCCGUUGGACUGCCACUCAGUGAUGGAUUGGUGUACGAGUAAUCAGUAAUGCCUUACUCUGAAGCAGACUGUAAAAUUAGGUCACCCAAUUGUUUCCUAUGAGAAUACUCAGUGGCACAUUUGAUGAUCAGGAAGUGUCAUUUCAGCAUGUCGCCAUCUUGCUACAUGGAGUUCUUGGAAACAUUGCAUGCGCAGUUUGAGCUACUCUAGGAAGUGACGGUGCAGGCUAGCUCAGUGCUGCACCCUCUCAUGGAGAACCUCAAGUUGAAGGCUAACCAGGUACUACAGGCUACCAUUAGCAACUAAAUGAUCCUUAGAACUUUGUCUGUGUGUGAUUUUAAAGGAAUUGUUUCAAAGACAUACAUCCAGUGAAAUAGAAAUCAUGUACCAUGAUUGUGUUUGUGAUUACUGACAAUCAGUUCACUGCACAGUCUGCACAGUCUAUUACAUACUUUUGAUUAAACAUUCAUG